UAUGUAUUUCCCUCUUUAUGUGUAUCUUCAUUUGCGGGGAGGGGGGUCAUAAGAACAAGAGAAAGAAGCAUAAAUCUGCCCUGGUUCUCCCCCAGCACACAGCAAUGGGCGCGAGGACCGGAAUUGCCGCUGUGCUGUGCUGUGUUCUGGCUCUCUCGGUGGCUGACUCCCAACCCGAGCAGCAGAAACAAAAACCGCCUUCUGAUCAGCUAGGUGCCGCUACUGUGACGUCAUCAGGGAGUGACCUGACGGGUGCGGCCACUCAAGGACACGGAGGGCAUGGCGGGGAGAAAUUCUUUAUGUAUGCUCACCAGCCUGAUAAGAAGCAGUACGAGUUCGGUUUCAAAAGAGGAAAUGACUAUCACACGAUAGAACGAUAUGAGAAGGGGGGACCUCACCACAACUUCAAGGCAAAGGUCCGUUGGGAAGAUAGCAAAGGGGGCUACGGCGAGCACUACUGGGACUACAACCACGCCCCGAAAUACCACGACGACCACCAUGACGACCACCAUGGCGGAGACGGCGGUUACCAUGAUGACCACCAUGGCGGAGGCGACGGCUACCAUGACGACCACCAUGGCGGAGGCGGCGGAAGGUCGUGGGCGAGAGGGAGGGCCGCUCUUACCCGCCGAGCGCCCACCACCGACGACGGUCCAAGGCCACUUCUGCGGGGAACAAGGUCGGGGUGGAAAAGGCCUCGGGGCUAGAGGAGAAAGAGCCCAGGAAGGAGGUAGUUCCCAGGAAGAACAAGAACGGCAGGAAGAAGUACGGUUUCUUUAACGAAAGAAGAAGCUUCGAGUACUCUAGGACCUUCGGCAGGGACGACGAAGAGCCGGAGAAGAAGGGGGCGCAGAAAGCAGCCGAAUCCCUGUCGGCUCCCGCCUCAGGCUUCGACCAAACUCCUGAAAUCUCGGACACGAAAUUCUUUCCUCGGGAGCUCAGACAGCAAGAAAGUGUCUGAGAGUAAGAAGUUUUCCGCGAGGUUACCUUCUAGCUCACCUCGAAGGACGUACAGCAACCGCCGUUUGAAGCGACCAAGACACAGGAGAGGAAGAAGCCUGAGGAAUCUACGACCUCCCCCUCUCCGUCCUCGCCCGCAUCCUCUCCGUCUCCUUCUAUCUCCCCUUCUGGUUUGGCUUUCGACCUGGAGACAGGCCGAGUAUACGACGAGGAGGCCGGUGUGUGGUACUCGCUCGUCCCCAUCGCUGAGCCCUGAGGACCCGCUGGAACGAUAAAAUGUAUCUCCUUCCAGCGCUCAGUUCUUACUCAAAGUACGAGCAAGUGCAUCUAAUGUCCUUCCCUAUAAA